AUGGCUACCUUCUCUCCUCUUGGUCCCAUCGACCCCGCUUCCCUGUCUGCUACCCAUGAGGAGGAAGAAAAGUCGGCACCAUGGAUUAUUCGUAAACUAGUGGGAAGUAUGACGGGCAGAAUCGUUAUGUCAAGUUAUGAGUCUCUCAGAGCUGCAGGGACAUCCAUCGUAUGUCUGAGCCCUUGGGGUGAUUCUUCACCCUUUCUCCUACCAUGCAUACGGUUCCGUGAUUUAGCAGUUCACACCAUAGUGGCGGCGACCGGUGGGAUGGCCGUCGUCGCUGCUCCUGUGAUGGGAAGUGUUGGUGCCGAGGUUAUCGGAGCUUUUGGCGAUACGAUUCUGGUGGAGCUGGGCCUCCAUGCAGGCUUCCAACUUACUACAGCGGCUGCCAACGACCUAGUCAUCGAAAAACCUCUCAAAAGUUUGAUACCUAUCCAUGAAAAGCGCUUGAGCACGACUGCAGUCAAGGUGUUGCUUAUAACACUCAAGUACAAGAUGACCAUGACGGAUGCAGCUCUCGGUUUCUUCAGAAGUUCCAUCCACACGGACAAUUCGCUUUUCUCCACGGUUAAGGACUAUCUUGCAGUGGAGAAGGGCUGGUUCUCUCCCUACUUGUUUGCCAGUGCUCGACGGCCAGUCAUCCCGCGAACUAUGACUCCCGAUGUUGUAUUCUGCCACGGACCGUUCCUCGAAGGUGACUACCGAAUCGGACAAACUUUGCUAUCUGAGAGUGCGAUGGUCAUCACCUUUUGCAGCCUUGUGCCAACCUCCUUGGCGGCUGCAGAUAAAAAACCCACCCACCAUUCUCUUUCUAUUCCCAAACUCUCCAAUCUUCUGCGCUCGCGUCCUCCCUCUCCGACAGAGCCAGAAGUGAAACAUACACCACUUCCUCCUCCACCGCAACCUAGACGGAUGGUUAUUGUUCUCGUAGGCCUCAAACCACACCGUAGUCUAUGGACGACUUCGGCUCGCCCUGGCGAGAGUGUUAUAAAUUAUAUUCUGCUCAACGGUUGUCCAGCGAUCGUUGUCCCUGUUAAAGUUGGAGCCCCGCUGGUUGCAUGGGAUACCCUCACGCUCGAGGAUUUGUGGAAGAUCACCCUUCCUACCGAAGACAUUGACACUGAAGAGACGGGCGGGACAUUGGGCGGAAUUGUCAAGGUUCUGUUCGAGUAUGUUGACAUGUGCGUCGACUGGGAGCGAUUUGUUGUCACUGGAUCUAGUGGCGACGAAGCAUCGCCUGGACCAACUGAGCCUCGGAAGGCGCUCAAAGUAGCAUUGUCUCUGCUUGUCGCGGCCGCGAUACGUAGCAAGGACAGCAAGGAAGCCAAGAAAGAAGUAGAUAAAGAGCGUAGUGGAAUUGCGAUGUGGAGGAUCUUGUGA